AUGAGCAAAGAAAUUGAUGGAAUGAGGAAGAUAAUGGAGAAAAUCGAUGGAGGAGAUGAUUGUUGGUUGAUGGAGGAAAGAGAGAAAUCAAUCGUAGGUCAAACUUUCAUCAGCGGCCAAACAGGUAGGUCAAACUGGUUGGUUCGACGUUUGACGCCGUCAAGAUCCCGGCAAGACUCUGAAGAUGCUCCGGCGAAACUCCGACGAAACUCAGGCGACGAUCCAGCGGCCUCUUUCCCAUCGACCUUAUUCCGGCAAGCAAUUUUCGACAUCAAAAUUAACGGAACCAGCAACACGCAGACGCACCAUUGUGAUGACUACUUUGCUUAUUGGUGGAUAUUGUUUGUGUUGUCUUUAGCUGCUAGAACCCGGUUAGGGUCAUGUCCGAGGGAGUUAUGGCGGGGGACUAUUUUGGGGGUGAGGGAGGAGGAAAAGGUAGGUGUGGGAGUGGGGGAAAAGUCUGGAGUUAGGGGUGGUAGAAGAAGACGUGUUGCUAGAGUUGAUGUGCUGAGGAUUGGGUCUUGGAAUAUAGGGACUCUUCAGGGUAAGUCUAUACAUCUGGUGGGCUUGGAUGGGGAAGAGAAGUUGCAGUUUUGGGAGGCUUUGGAUGAGGUGGUAAGAGGAGUGCCUAGUUCUGAGAAGAUUGUUAUAGCAGGGGACUUCAAUGGGCAUAUUAGGGCAUUACCAGGAGGCUUUGGCGAUGUGUAUGUUGGUUUUGGUUUUGGGGAGAUAAAUGAAGAGAGAGCUACUCUGUUGGAUUUUGCGAGGUCCUUUAGGUUGGUAGUGCAUAGGCUUUUAGUGAUGGACUUGGGUAUUAAGAAAGGUAAUAGGAGAAGGGGUGAGGAGGGUAGACCUAGAAUUAAGUGGGGCGGCUUAACGCCGACGACUGUACGAGAGAUAGAGGAGAAGGUGGCAGGAAUGGGGGUGUGGGAGUGUAGGGGGACGUGGAUGCGGGAUAUUAGAGAGGAGUACAAGAUAGCUAGGAAGGAGGCUAAGUUAGCAGUUACGGCGACUAAGACAACAACAUUCAAGAGCUUGUACGCGGGGUUGGAGGAGAAUGAAGGGGAAAAGAGGUUACUGAAUAAUGAAGGGGAUAGGGUUAUUGUGUUAGGAGAGCUGGAGAACUCAAACAAGUGUCAUGACUUUAGUUAUUGUAGACGUUUUAAGUUAGAGGAGGUCAGAGAGGCCGUUCGCAAGAUGCGUAGGGGUAGGGCGAUGGGGCCUGAUGAGAAUCCUGUGGAUUUCUUGAAGUUUUCUGGCGAGGCUGGCUUAAGGUGGUUGAUCGAAUUGUGUAGCGGCAUUUUCAAAUGCUCGACAACGGAGGCAAUUCACCUGGUGCGGAGACUGGUGAAAAAGUAUAGGGCAAGGAAAAAGGAUCUUCAUAUGGUGUUUAUCGACUUAGAGAAGGCGUACAACAAAGUUCCUAGAGAGGUUCUUUAG